AUGACAAGGAAAAGGCUGAGAAGCUUGCCGCAGCAAAGAAGCGUGUACGUAGCCUGCACUACCACAAAACAACCAGAAGUAUCACAAGCUGAACCAUGUGCACAGUUCGAAGAGUUAAAGAAGAAGCAAAAGGGAAAGAAGGGUGGGAAGAAGAAGGCAGACAAGGCCGAUGCCACAGAAGAGAAGGAUGAUGCGACAGCAGAAGCGCCCGCAGAUGGCGAAGCACAAGAGGCCGACGUCGAUGGCCCUACCGAAGAGAAAGCCGCAGACAGCACACCAUUAGACGCAGAGGCCGCAGACGAUCCAAAGGAGGAAAAGACAGGAGAGGCAUCAGAGGAAACCGCAGUACCAGAGGAGGUACCGGCCGACCGACCAACGAACGAGCGCAAACCUUCCCAGUCCGAGCAGUCACGACAACGAUCAGCUUCGUUCAGACAAAACUCUGGCCUCACAUCUCCUAGCCUGUCGAAGUCGUCCGCUCUUCCGUCCAUCAGUGCCGAAGAAGAGGUUCAAGACAUUUAUCGCAAGCAAGCAUCACGAAUCGAUGAGCUGGAGAAGGAGAACAAGAAACUCCAGGAAGCACAAUCGAAGCUGCAGAAGGUUGAGGAUGAGCUAGAGCAAUUGAGAGAGAGCAGCGGCGAUGUUGCUGAACUCAAGUCAAAGGCUGCUCUGGCUGACAAGCGACAUGAAGAGAUCGAGAAACUGGUAUGGAACCUUGAACAGAACGCCAUCUGCAGAGAGACUAAUAUAAUACAGACGUUUGAAUUAACAUCGGUGCAGCGACAGCUAUCUCAGGCUCAGCAACAGGUAGCCGACAAGCGACGCAAGUCCAACGCUAGUCCCUCGCGCGAGAUUCAGGCACAAUUGGCAUCAAAGACAUCGACGAUUGAGUCGCUGGAGCUGGAGUUGUCCAAUCUUCGAAACCAAUACAAUAUGUCGCAGUCGUCCGUAUCGGCUCACGAGGCUACCAUCAAGGAGCUUGAACAGCGUGCAACCACAGCCGAGCAGGCCGCUGAAGCAGCGCAGAAAGAGAUCGAGACACUGAAGGAGACAAUCAACAAGCCAGUCGAGACAGAAAAGAACGAUGCUGAAGACCCGGCUGCAUUACAAGCAAAGAUUACAACUCUAGAGUCCGAUCUGCGCACCGCCCAAUCGUCUGCCGACACAGCGACCACCCGCGCCAGCUCCCUGGAACAAAAGAUCGAGACCUUGACAAAACUCCACAAGGAUCAAACCAACACUCACGACUCCCAAAUCAAGGACUUGACUUCUAAGCUCGCAUCGCUGAAAACAUCCCAAACGCCCGCUGCGAACGACACAGACUCUAUCGCAGACGAUGCUAACGACCUCGAGCGCGAACAAUUGCACCAACGCAUCCGCGACCUUGAAGCUGAAAACACCGAUCUUCGCCGUGGUGUGUGGCGCGACCAAAGAGCUGCCAUGCAACCUGAUAUCAAUGACGCGUCACCAGGCUACGAAGACGUCGAUCUCAGCAAUCCCUACGCUGCCUCUUCAUCCGCACAACGCCCACAUGCCCGUACAGGCAGCAGCUUCCAGGAUGUGCUGCAGAGUGGCAUCAGUGCUUUCACCGGCGGCCAGAGGAAACAAUCGUUGGGUCUGCUGAGCGAAGAAGACUUUGAUGAAGACUCAUUCCGUGUUGCUCAAGAAGAAGAGGGCAAGAAGAGAAUCGAAAGAAUCAGAGAAGUCAAGCGCGGAUUGGAAGAUUGGAGGGGUUGGCGCGUGGAUCUUGUAGAUCUCAGGGCAGGAGGUCUAGGCGGCGGUGCAGCCACCGGUCCCAUGUUUGAAGUAUAA